AUGUCUGCUCCCACAAUCCUUCCCAGCAGAGGUGUUGCUCGUGUUAAGAACGUUCUUAGCGGCGACACUGUCGUCUUGACCGGAAAGCCAACCGCGACUGGAACGGCUCCUGAGGUUACUUUCACCCUGGAAUCUGUCCUCUCUCCAAGAUUGGCAUCAAAAGGAAACGGAAAUGUAGACGAACCAGGAUCCUUCGAUGCUCGUGAAUGGCUACGUCGUUUGGUUGCUGGCAAAAUGGUUCAAUUUGAAACUGUAAAGCAAGGAGCAUCGGCUGGAGAUCGUGUUUAUGGUUUGUUGAUGUUCACUCCUCCAGGCACUGCGCAACCCAUCAAUAUUGCCGUAGAAGCUGUUAGAAAUGGAAAUGCUACCCCAAAGAAUACAGUUUUGGACGACAAUAGUGAAGAUGCGGAUGAGUACAAAAAAGCGUUGAAAUCGGCAUACCAAGAAGCUAAGACUGCCAGUAUUGGAAUUCACUCUUCAUCGCCCUUAGUCCGUAAGUUGAAGACUUCUGGUGACGACUUUGAGGCUUCCGCUUUGGUACAAAAGAGCAAAAAGCACGGAAACCAUGGCAAGAUCAAGUGUAUUAUCGAAUAUAUUUUCGACGGUAACCGUUUCCGAAUGCAAGUCGUCGAUCCGGCAAUGGGAGACCUGCAAUAUGCUAGCUUCACACUAUUCCUUGCUGGUGUCUCUUGCCCUCGUCUCGGAAAUUCACGUGCUGAUCCACCAACGCCACCAGAAGAGUUCGCAGAGAAAGCCAGAGACUUCGUUGAAUUGAGAUUGCUUCAAAGAGAAUUGGAUAUUUCAUUACAUGGAACUGACAAGUCUGGAUCAACCAUCGUCGGAACCAUCCAUCACCCAAAAGGAAAUAUUGCUGUGGAAUUGCUCAAGAAUGGAUUCGCAAAAAUGUCCGACUGGACUGCCCGCAUGAUGAAUCCUGCGGAUGUUCCUGCCCUCCGAAUCGCCGAAACCAAUUCCAAGAGAACGAAAACUGGAUUAUGGCAUUCCUACCAACCACCAAAGUUGAGUGGUGCCGCACAAAUUUCUGGAAUUGUCGUCGAAGUUUUGUCUGGAGAUACCCUUUACAUUUUGCCAGAUGGUCAACUGUAUGACUCCGAGACCAAACUUGUCAAGGUUUCCUUGGCAUCUGUCCGUGCCCCAAGAGCUGGAAACAGAAGUGGCCGUGCCGAUGAAAACUACUCCUAUGAAUGUAAGGACAGACUUCGUUCUCUUACCGUUGGUAAGCCAUGCAAGGUUCAAGUUCACUACGAGCGUGAAAUCCCAAUGGGAGACAAGCCAGAAAAGCGUCAGUUCGGUACUGUUGCGGUCAAGAACAAGGCAGAUGUUGGCGAAGUUUUGAUUUCCGAAGGUCUUGCAACCACUCAAUUUCACAGAGAUGGUGAGGAAACUUCUCCAAGAUAUGAUGAUCUCCGUGCCGCCGAAGCUGUUGCCAAGGCUGCCAAAGUUGGUCUUCACUCCGAUGCUGAAUACAGCCGUACCCCAACCAAUGAUCUAACUGAUCCCAAAAAGGCCAAGGCAUACUCUGGUGCCCUCAUGCGUGCAGGAAAGAUCAAGGCCGUUGUUGAAUAUUGCUUCAAUGGAGCCCGAUACAAGUUGUUUGUCCCUGCUGAGAACUGCCACAUCGUUUUCGCUGUAGCCAACUUGAGGUGCCCACAGCCAUCACCCGUCGGAAGCAGACAAACUAAGGCAGCAGAACCAUUUGGUGAUGCCUCCAAGCGUCAUGCCCGUAUGACAGUUCUGCAACGAACUGUUGACAUUGCGUGCACAGGAGUGACCAAUGGAGGAGUCGUCACUGGUAAUAUUACCGUUGGCUCUGGAGCCCAAGAAAGAGAUUUUGCCAUGGAGUUGGUUGGAGCUGGUCUUGCUACUGUUGAUCAACGAAAGAUUGACUAUGGAGAAGCACCGCCGCAGCUUGUCGAUGCUCAAAUUGCCGCAAAGAGUAAUCGUAUGGGAGUUUGGUCUGUUGAACAACAACCGACCGCUGCGGUUCAAACGAAGACGAACGAUAGUGUGUCUGAGCAGGUCGCUUCUAUCCGUGUGAGCGAAAUCCGCAGUGCUGCGCACUUCUUUUACCACAUUGUUAAUGACGACACCGUGAAAGUAAUUGAAGAGAGCAUGAAGUUGUUCACCACAAAUAAUGGAACUGGUGGAGCACCUUGCGACGUAAAGGUCCAUAAAGUCGUCGCUGCGUUGUUUGACGAUGGUUCUGGCAAGAGUUGGUACAGAGCUAAGAUCGUGGAAAAGCUCAGCCCCGAGAAGGUCACGAUUGUCUUCAUUGAUCACGGAAAUGUUGCCACUGUUCCAGUUGCCACACAUUUGCGUCCUCUUGAUGACAGUUUGCUCCCAGAUAAGAUCCCAGCUGUCGCCAAGGAAGCCUGUCUCGCCCUUGCAUUGGCUCGACCAUUGACCGACGACUAUGGUAUUGAUGGCGCAAAAAUGUUCCAGUCCAUCUGCUGGGGUAAAGAUAUUGUCGCACGUAUUCACGGAACUGAUGAAUCUGGAAAGGUUGUCACCUCUAUUGUUACGGAGUCUGGAGAAACAGCUAACACUCAGCUCGUUGCCGCUGGACUUGCUAGAGUUUUCAAGCCAUCCUCCGCAAAAGCAUUGGCAUCGCGUAUGGUCGAUGGGUCGAGCAUCAUGAAGUUGGCCGCUGAACUAAAUGUUGCACAGGAAAAUGCUCGCAGAAGCCGCUCUGGAAUGUGGCGAUAUGGGGACAUCGGUGAAGAUGACGAUGAUGAGAUGUAA